UGAAUAAUUUUUUUCUACCACUCUCUUUAAUAAGAACAGACAAGACUUAUGUUUACUUCUUUAAAUUAUAGAAAUUACAACUGCAACACCAGUGACAACUGUAUGUGUGAAAAAUGUCUGUAUGUGGUCAGAAUGGUACGAUUCCACUCAGCCUGAAAACAAAGAGGACAGUGGAGAUUAUGAAACAUUUCAAAAUCUCAGGGAAAAAGGAUACAGUGUGUGUACAAACCCAAGUGAUGUUCAAUGCAGAGCCAAAGAACACCCAGAUACUGAAAUUACUAACCUUAACCAAACAAUAGAGUGCAGUCAAAGCAGAGGACUAAUAUGCAAUAACCAGGACCAAGAAUCUAAGCAGUGCUACAAUUAUGAAAUCAGAGUAUCAUGCUGCAGAUACAUACCAUGUUCUAAUGUACAAACUACAACACCAACAACCACAAGAGAAUUCACAACUACUGCAGUAGAAUCAACACCAUUUACAGUACAGACAACAAUAAUACCAACAACACAAAAACAAAAGAGUGAAAUAACUACAACACCACUGAGAGACAGAGAAAAAACAACUCCUCUGACGGAAACAUCAAUAACAGCAACGGCGUCACUAGUCUCAACAACAGGUUACCAAAGCACAACUACUACAACAGAAACCUCCACUGUGGUGACCCAAGCUCUAUCAUCAGCCAAUACUAUCUCCACUCUCCCAGAAUCAACACCAGAAACCACUCAUGGCACCAAAAUAAUCUCCAGUACUACUGCACUGCCAAUGCAAGGCACAACUAUCACUACACCCACACCAGGAGUGCCUACCCAAGCUACCACCAGUGUCAGCACCUCUACAACCACCACGGAAAGCACAACUACAUCUAUAGAAGAAACUCUUCCAACUGUAUUAUCAACUGUUGCUAUUCAAACAUCACCAAUUACUGACUCCACCCAUGAAAUAAAAAUAAGAAUCACCACUGGCACCACAGAAGUCCCCAGCACACCAACCCCAGACAGAGAGGGCACAACCAACAUCGCUACCACCACUAGCACCUCUCCUCCUCAGACUGAAGGCACAACAACCAUCACCCCACCCACAACAACAGUGCCUUCACCAUCCACAACCACCAUCCGCAUUUCCAAUACCACAGACAACUGCGUGGUGGAGCGCUGUGCCUGGACACAGUGGUUUAACGUGGAUUCCCCUACUCCAGGCAGCGAAAAUGGUGAUUUAGAGACAUUUGAAAACAUCCGAGCUGCUGGGUAUGAGUUGUGUGACAAGCCACAAGACAUCAAGUGCCGAGCUAAAGAUUACCCUGACAAAAUUGUGAAAAUAAUGGGACAGAAAUUUGAGUGUAGCCUUGAGAAGGGGCUUGUGUGCAGAAAUAGGGACCAGACUGUCAAGUACCCCACGUGCUUCGACUACGAGGUCUCAGUGUUGUGCUGUGACCGAAAACACUGUCAGACAACAGUAGCAUUGCCAGGAACCACUGUAAGCACCUCCACAACGUACGCCCGAGAAGAAACAACCACAAUAGCUACCCAGCCUGCAGCAACACCAACUCCUCUCCCCACGCUUCCACAGCGAGAAACAACAACCACUACAGGAACAACAAGUGGACCCUCAACACAAGGAACCACUAUCAUCACCCCAAGAUACACAGUGCCUAAACAAGCCACCAGUACUGCCAGCACCUCCAAGACCACUGAAGGAAGCACAAGUGCCUCAGCCACGUCAGCUCCAGGAGAAACCUCCAGUGCAGCAACUCAGGCUCCAACAUCUCCCAUAACAAGCUCUCAAGUCAAAAUAAGAACAACCAUUGGCACCACGGCUAUCCCAAGCACCACGGCCCAGGCCAGAGAGGGCACAACCAUCAUUGCUACAACCAAUGGCAGUGCCUCCACUUCACCUGAAACAAAAUUAAGAACCACUACUGGCCCCUCAGCUCUGCUCAGUACCACUCUUCCUCAGUCUGGAAGUACCUCAGCAACUUCAACUGGUACAUCACAACCAAGUCAUGUUACAACAAGCACUCUUGCAACCUUCCGUUCUUCCACCAGCACAUCUGUUACGUCCAGCAAAAUAACCCCAUGCUUUUGUCAUGUGUUUGAAACUUUAUUUUCUCCCGGGGAAGUGGUAUACAACAGAACAGAUAGAGCUGGCUGUAAUUUUUAUGCACUUUGCAGCAAGGAAUGUGAGAUUGAGCCCUUCUAUGGGCCAUGUCCUCUGACAACUCCCAUUCCUUCAGUUGCCUCCUCAACUACAUCGCAAGCUGCCUCACCAACCACAGCAACAACCUUCACAACUUCAGUAGAAAGAAACUGUACUGAUGUCAAUCCUGCACGAAAGCCUGGAGAGGAGUGGAUAAAUGAAUGCCAGAAGUGUGUCUGUGACUCACUCACUGCUACUGUGCAAUGCCAGCCGCUCCCAUGCCAAACAGCUCAGCAAACAAUUUGUGACCUCGGAUUUGUUUCCAUGCCUGUACUACCACAAAAAGACCCAUGUUGUCCUGACUUUGAAUGCCAACCAGUACCUGAUGUCUGUGUGAUUAAUGGAACGCUGUACACGGUUGGAAAGUCAGUAGUAAUCGAUUCAUGUAAGAAGUGUACUUGCAGUUCUGAGAAAGAUCCAGAGACUAAUGCAAACAUUGUGCAUUGUGAAACAGUUCAGUGUGAGACAUCUUGCCCAUUGGGUUACAAAUACAUGACUGAGGAAGGACAGUGCUGUGGGAAGUGUAUUGAAGUAGCUUGCAAAGUCAAACUCAGUAACAACACUGUUCAUGUGCUCAAUGUUAAUGAGAUCCUGCCACUCGAUCAAUGCAGCCAUUACAAAUGUGAAAAAAUUGAAGAUCAAUUUGUUGCAGUCCAAAGUAAAAAAGUAUGCCCUGAUUACGAACCCGGAGAGUGUGAUCCUGACGAAGCAGAGAUUACAUCUGAUGGCUGCUGCAAAAUAUGUAAACCUAAAAACUGCAAGCCUUACACCAAGGAAACUGUGAUCCGCCAUGCUGACUGCGAGUCUUCUGAACCUGUUGAGCUGUCAUAUUGUGAAGGAACUUGUCCUAGCUCUUCAAUGUACUCUCUUGAAGCAAACCAAAUGGAACAUGAGUGUGGUUGCUGCCAGGAACUCGGUACCCAAACAAGACAGGUGACCCUGACUUGCCAAAAUGGAACCAGCAUAAAUUACAGCUAUCUCUACGUGGAAAACUGCCAGUGUGUGAAUGGUUGCUCUUCACAAACUACUGCAGCACAGGACUCCCAAUUCCAAAAAUCUGCAAAAUACAGCUCCCAGUUGCAACAGGCUGUAUCACUUGGUUCCCAAUGGCAACUCAGCUGAGGAUAUGAUCAUUUGAUCAUUUGAAAAAGAAAGCAGAGACCCCUAGGGAAGCUGGAAUCAUGUCUUCCCCAGAAUAACUUGUGCUCCUUCUUUAACAUUCUU